CACUCAGGCUCUUCCUUGUCUCUAACAUGGCGGCGCCCAGGGACUUAAGCUGCACGUGAGAAAGUCUGGGCAUCUGGGAAUCGAAGAGUACCUCUUGUUAGCCACUUUCCCCUCCUUACUGUCGGUUACAUUUCUUAGACCCUCCCGAGGGCGUCGCGGGCCGCUGCUCCUCUGCAGCCAUGAAGACAAAGCCGGUUUCCCACAAGACCGAGAACACCUACCGGUUUCUUACAUUUGCUGAACGACUGGGGAAUGUGAAUAUUGAUAUUAUUCAUCGGAUUGAUAGAAUUGCAAGCUAUGAGGAGGAGGUUGAAACCUACUUUUUUGAGGGUCUGCUGAAAUGGAGAGAAUUAAACCUCACGGAACACUUUGGGAAAUUUUACAAAGAAGUUAUUGACAAAUGCCAAUCAUUCAAUCAGUUGGUCUAUCAUCAAAAUGAGAUAGUUCAGAGUUUGAAGACUCACCUGCAAGUUAAGAACAGUUUUGCCUAUCAACCUCUUUUGGAUUUGGUUGUACAGUUGGCACGAGAUCUGCAGACGGACUUCUACCCACACUUCCCAGAGUUUUUUUUGACUAUCACCUCAAUCCUGGAGACUCAGGACACAGAGUUGUUAGAAUGGGCUUUCACCUCAUUGUCAUAUCUUUACAAGUACCUGUGGAGACUGAUGGUGAAGGACAUGUCCAGUAUAUACAGCAUGUACAGCACACUCCUGGCUCAUAAAAAACUACAUAUAAGAAAUUUUGCUGCUGAAAGUUUUACUUUUUUGAUGAGAAAGGUCUCGGAUAAAAAUGCACUUUUCAAUUUAAUGUUUCUUGAUCUUGAUAAACACCCAGAAAAAGUCGAAGGUGUUGGACAGUUGCUCUUUGAAAUGUGCAAAGGAGUUAGAAAUAUGUUUCAUUCCUGUACAGGCCAGGCAGUGAAGCUAAUUUUGCAAAAGCUAGGACCUGUCACUGAAACCGAAACUCAACUACCGUGGAUUUUAAUUGGAGAAACACUCAAAAACAUGGUCAAAUCCACUGUAUCCUACAUCUCCAAGGAACAUUUUGGUACAUUUUUUGAAUGUUUGCAAGAAUCGCUAUUGGACCUACAUACAAAAGUAACAAAAACUAACUGUUGUGAAAGUUCUGAACAGAUUAAAAGGUUGUUGGAAACAUACCUUAUACUUGUAAAACAUGGAAGUGGAACAAAGAUAACCACACCUGCUGAUGUCUGUAAGGUUUUAUCUCAAACACUGCAAGUAGUCAGCCUCUCCACGUCUUGCUGGGAGACCCUCUUGGAUGUAAUUUCUGCUUUGAUCCUAGGUGAAAAUGUUUCCUUGCCAGAGACCCUCAUCAAAGAAACCAUAGAAAAAAUAUUUGAGAGCAAAUUUGAAAAACACUUAAUUUUCAGUUUUUCUGAAGUCAUGUUUGCUAUGAAGCAGUUUGAGCAGCUUUUUCUACCAAGCUUUCUCUCAUAUAUUGUGAAUUGCUUCUUAAUUGAUGACACUGUUGUCAAAGACGAAGCUCUGGCCAUUCUGGCCAAGCUCAUUCUGAACAAAGCAGCACCUCCCACUGCUGGCUCGAUGGCAAUUGAAAAGUACCCUCUGGUUUUCUCACCGCAGAUGGUGGGAUCCCAUGUAAAGCAGAGGAAGACUCGAUCCAAGGGCGGAAAGAAACAGUUUCCAGUAUUGGACUAUCUUUUAUCUAUAAUUCAGUUACCUCCAAAUAAAGAUACUGCUUACCUCUCACAAUCUUGGGCAGCCCUUGUGGUGUUACCUCAUAUUAGACCUCUUGAGAAAGAGAAGGUGAUACCACUCGUCACCUGCUUCAUAGAGGCACUCUUCGUGAGUGUUGACAAAGGGAACUUUGGGAAAGGAAAUUUUUUUGUUCUUUGUCAAGCUGUAAAUACUCUACUAAGUUUGGAAGAAUCUUCUGAACUUCUUCAUUUGGUUCCUGUGGAACGUGUGAAGAAUUUAGUAUUAACGUUUCCUCUGGAGCCAUCUGUGUUGCUGUUGGCUGAUCUCUAUUAUCAGAGAUUAUCCUUGUGUGGCUGCAAAGGGCCACUUUCCCAGGAGGCUUUAAUGGAAUUAUUUCCCAAGUUACAGGCAAACAUUUCAACUGGUGUAUCCAAGAUUCGGCUUUCGACAAUAAGGAUCCUAAACCAUUUUGAGGUCCAGCUUCCAGAAUCAAUGGAGGAUGAUGGGGUCUCAGAGCAGCAGUCUGUCUUUGCCAUAUUACGCCAGGCAGAGCUUGUUCCAGCAACUGUGAACGAUUAUAGAGAGAAGCUUCUUCAUUUGAGAAAACUAAGACAUGAUGUGGUGCAGACUGCAGUCCCAGAUGGGCUAUUACAGGAGGUGCCACUUCGUUAUUUGUUAGGCAUGCUGUAUGUUAAUUUUAGCGCACUCUGGGAUCCUGUUAUUGAACUCAUAAGUUCUCAUGCACACGAAAUGGAAAAUAAGCAAUUUUGGAAAGUCUACUAUGAGCAUCUAGAAAAAGCAGCUACACAUGCUGAGAAAGAAUUACAGAGUGAUAUGAGAGAUGAGAAAUCCAUUGAAGAUGAAAGUUUGGAGCAGACCCAGGAAGGAGAUGUUGGAGCCCUUUAUCAUGAGCAGAUAGCAUUGAAAACUGACUGUCGGGAAAGACUGGACCACACCAACUUCAGAUUCCUGCUCUGGAAAGCUCUGACAAAAUUCCCAGAGAGAGUAGAGCCACGGUCCAGGGAGCUUUCUCCACUUUUCUUGAGAUUUAUCAACAAUGAGUAUUACCCAGCAGAUCUACAAGUUGCUCCAACCCAGGAUCUGCGGAGAAAAGGCAAAAGGUUGGUGGCAGAGGAAAUCGAAGAGGAACCUGCCUUAGGAGAUGAUGAAGAGUUGGAGGAAGAGGCAGUGCCCCAAAAUGAAUCCUCACAGACGAAAAAGACAAGAAGAGCCGCAGCAAAGCAAUUAAUUGCUCAUUUGCAAGUUUUCUCUAAAUUUUCAAAUCCACGGGCCUUAUAUCUGGAAUCCAAGUUAUAUGAGUUGUAUCUUCAGUUGUUGCUACACCAAGAUCAAAUGGUGCAAAAAAUAACCUUGGAUUGCAUAAUGACAUAUAAACAUCCUCACAUCCUGCCUUACAGGGAAAACUUACAAAGGUUGCUUGAAGACAGAAGCUUUAAGGAAGAGAUAGUGCAUUUUAGCAUUUCAGAAGAUAAUACUGUAGUGAAAACAGUCCACCGAGCAGAUCUGUUUCCUAUUCUGAUGAGAAUCUUGUAUGGGCGAAUGAAGAAUAAGACUGGGAGUAAAACGCAAGGGAAAUCCGCUUCAGGCACCCGCAUGGCCAUUGUUCUGCGGUUCCUGGCCGGGACCCAACCUGAGGAGAUCCAGAUAUUCUUAGACCUGCUGUUUGAACCUGUGAAGCACUUCAAGAAUGGAGAGUGCCAUUCUGCAGUCAUUCAAGCAGUAGAAGACUUGGAUUUGUCUAAAGUUCUUCCUUUAGGCCGUCAACAUGGUAUCUUAAACAGCCUUGAAAUAGUAUUGAAAAACAUUAGUCAUUUGAUCAGCACAUACUUGCCAAAGAUUUUGCAGAUAUUGCUCUGUAUGACAGCAACCGUAUCACACAUUCUUGACCAACGAGAGAAGAUACAGCUGAGAUUUAUUAAUCCAUUGAAAAAUUUAAGACGUCUUGGAAUCAAAAUGGUAACUGAUAUCUUUUUGGAUUGGGAAUCAUAUCAGUUUAGAACAGAAGAAAUUGAUGCUGUGUUUCAUGGUGCAGUUUGGCCCCAGAUCAGCAGGCUUGGAUCUGAGAGUCAGUAUUCUCCCACUCCUCUGCUGAAACUGAUUAGUGUCUGGAGCAGAAACGCAAGAUAUUUCCCUUUGCUGGCUAAACAGAAGCCUGGGCACCCAGAGUGUGAUAUCCUGACGAAUGUUUUUGCAAUUCUCUCAGCAAAGAAUCUUUCUGAUGCCACAGCCAGUAUUGUGAUGGAUAUAGUUGAUGACCUUCUUAACCUUCCAGAUUUCGAGCCCACAGAAACAGUUUUGAACUUGCUGGUAACUGGAUGUGUAUACCCUGGCAUAGCAGAAAACAUAGGUGAGUCUAUCACAAUAGGAGGAAGAUUAAUUCUACCUCAUGUACCUGCAAUUCUUCAGUAUCUCAGCAAAACCACAAUAAGCGCAGAAAAGGUGAAAAAGAAAAAGAAUAGAGCACAAGUCAGUAAAGAGCUUGGCAUUCUUUCAAAGAUCAGCAAGUUUAUGAAAGACAAGGAACAAAGUUCUGUACUCGUUACACUUCUCCUUCCGUUCCUCCACCGUGGCAAUAUUGCUGAGGAUACAGAGGUUGAUAUUCUGGUGACAGUACAAAACUUGUUAAAGCAUUGUGUGGACCCUACCAGCUUCCUCAAGCCUAUAGCAAAACUCUUCUCAGUUAUUAAGAACAAAUUGUCAAGAAAAUUGCUUUGUACUGUUUUCGAGACUCUUUCUGAUUUUGAGAAUGGGUUAAAAUAUAUUACUGAUGUUGUCAAGCUUAACGCCUUUGAUCAAAGACAUCUUGAUGAUAUCAACUUUGAUGUUCGCUUUGAGACUUUCCAGACCAUUGCCUCUUAUAUUAAAGAAAUGCAAACCGUGGAUAUUAACUACCUAAUUCCAGUUAUGCAUAAUUGUUUCUAUAAUCUAGAGUUAGGAGAUAUGUCUUUAAGUGAUAACGCCAGCAUGUGCCUGAUGAGUAUCAUCAAAAAGCUAGCUGCCUUGAACGUCACAGAGAAAGACUACAGAGAAAUCAUCCACCGUUCACUCCUGGAGAGACUGAGGAAAGGUUUGAAGAGCCAGACAGAGAGUAUUCAACAGGAUUAUACCACAAUACUUUCCUGUUUAAUUCAAACCUUUCCAAACCAACUGGAAUUCAAAGACUUGGUACAGCUUACUCAUUACCACGACCCAGAAAUGGACUUCUUUGAGAACAUGAAGCACAUUCAGAUUCACAGAAGAGCAAGAGCCUUGAAGAAACUGGCAAAACAACUAAUGGAAGGCAAAGUUGUUCUGUCUUCUAAAUCUCUUCAGAAUUACAUCAUGCCUUAUGCCAUGACUCCAAUUUUUGAUGAGAAAAUGCUCAAGCAUGAAAAUAUAACCAUUGCUGCCACAGAGGUUAUUGGAGCCAUUUGCAAACAUCUCUCUUGGUCGGCAUAUGUAUAUUACUUGAAACAUUUUAUUCAUGUCUUACAAACAGGACAGAUCAAUCAAAAGCUGGGUGUCAGUUUGCUAGUAAUAGUGUUAGAAGCAUUUCACUUUGACCACAAAACUCUUGAAGAACAAAUGGGAAAAAUUGAGAAUGAAGAAAAUGCAGUUGAAGCAAUUGAGUUACCAGAGCCUGAGGCCAUGGAAUUAGAGCAUGUGAAUGAGGAAGAGAAGGAAAAUACAUGCAAGAGUUUGUCAGACAGCGAACAACCGGGAACCCCUGAUCCGGCGGAGUCUGGAGGGACAUCAGCCAAAGAAUCCGGGUGUAUCACAAAGCCUGUCUCUUUCCUUCCUCAAAGCAAGGAAGAAUUAGAGAGAACAAUGAAAAAUAUCCAAGGAGCCAUAACUGGGGAUAUUCUACCCAGGCUACAUAAAUGCCUUGCAUCUACGACUAAAAGGGAAGAAGAACACAAGCUCAUCAAGUCAAAGGUUGUGAAUGAUGAGGAAGUGGUUCGAGUUCCAUUAGCUUUUGCCAUGGUUAAACUAAUGCAGUCCCUUCCACAAGAAGUUAUGGAAGCUAAUCUGCCAAGUAUUUUGCUGAAAGUAUGUGCCCUACUCAAGAACAGAGCACAAGAAAUCAGAGACAUUGCACGGAGCACUCUUGCGAAAAUAAUAGAGGAUCUUGGUGUGCACUUCCUCCAAUAUGUUUUAAAAGAAUUACAGACUACCCUUGUCCGUGGAUACCAGGUCCAUGUGCUGACUUUCACUGUUCACAUGUUGCUGCAAGGCCUCACCAACAAGCUGCAAGUCGGGGAUUUGGACUCUUGUUUAGAUAUAAUGAUUGAGAUUUUUAACCAUGAGUUGUUUGGUGCUGUUGCUGAAGAGAAGGAAGUAAAGCAGAUCCUCUCCAAAGUCAUGGAAGCACGAAGAAGCAAAAGUUACGAUUCUUAUGAAAUCCUGGGCAAGUUUGUAGGAAAAGAUCAGGUUACAAAACUUAUCCUUCCAUUAAAAGAGAUCUUACAAAAUACCACUAGUCUGAAACUGGCCCGGAAAGUUCAUGAAACCUUACGCCGAAUCACAGUGGGAUUAAUUGUAAAUCAGGAAAUGACAGCUGAAUCCAUUCUAUUACUCAGUUACGGUUUAAUCAGUGAAAAUCUUCCUCUGUUAACAGAAAAAGAAAAAGAAUGCUUUUUGGUUCCCUCAGGUCAUGUGCACUCUCACCUGAGACAUCCACACAACUGGGUAUGGCUCACAGCAGCCCAGAUUUUUGGAUUACUCUUUGCCUCUUGCCAGCCAGAGGAACUUAUUCAAAAAUGGAAUACCAAAAAGACUAAAAAGAAACUCCCAGAACCUGUAGCAAUCAGGUUCCUAACCAGUGACCUUGACCAAAAGAUGAAAAGUAUCUCUCUCGCCUCUUGCCAUCAAUUGCAUUCCAAAUUCUUGGAUCAGUCUCUAGGAGAACAGGUUGUUAAGAAUUUGCUGUUCGUAGCCAAAGUAUUGUAUUUACUGGAACCUUAUUGUGAGAAUAAGCAAAGUAAGAUAAAAGGAGACCUGGAAGGACAAGAAGCUUUGGGAGAUGGCAUGGCCUGUGCAGAUGAGAAAGCUGAGUCUGACGGAGAAGAGAAGGAAGAGGUGAAGGAAGAGCCCAGCAGGCCGGCCACACUGCUGUGGUUGAUCCAGAAGCUGUCCCGGAUCGCAAAACUGGAAGCUGCUUAUUCGCCUAGAAACCUCUUAAAGAGAACAUGCAUCUUUAAGUUCCUUGGUGCUAUAGCAAUGGAUCUGGGGAUAGACAAGGUAAAGCCGUAUCUCCCAGUGAUCAUAGCUCCUUUGUUUCGAGAACUGAACAGCACCUAUUCAGAGCAAGAUCCUUUGCUGAAGAAUCUAUCCCAGGAAAUCAUAGAAUUACUCAAAAAGCUGGUUGGGCUUGAGAGCUUCUCAUUAGCCUUUGCCUCUGUACAGAAACAGGCUCAUGAGAAAAGGGCACUCCGGAAAAAGAGGAAGGCUCUGGAGUUUGUAACUAAUCCUGAUAUUGCUGCCAAGAAAAAAAUGAAGAAACACAAAAAUAAAAGUGAAGCAAAGAAGAGAAAGAUAGAGUUCCUGCGUCCAGGCUAUAAGGCCAAGAGACAAAAGAACCAUAGCCUGAAAGAUUUAGCAAUGGUGGAGUAAUGCCUCUCUGUGCUGAUACAAGCAUAAACUUUCUGGAAUAUUCUACUAGUCUGAAAUUACAGCAGAUUGUUUUGGGGUGGGGAGGUGUUUUUUUUUUUUUUUCCAAGACAAGGUCUCACUCUGUCACCCAGGGUGGAGUGCAGUGGCACAAUCACAGCUCACUGCAGCCUUGACCUGGGUUCAAGUGACCCUCUCACCUCAGCUCCCAAGUAGCUGUGCCUCCCAGGCACACACCAUCAUGCCCAGCAAAUGUUUUGUAGAAACAGGGUUUCAUCGUGUUGGCGAGGCUGGUCUCGAACACCUGGGCUCAAGUGAUCCACCCACCUCGGCUUCCCAAAGUGCUGGGAUUACAGGUGUGAACCAGUGUACCCAACCAGGUUUUAUUAUUUAAGUUAAACUUUGGAUAGAUUAUAUAAUAUAUAGUUUAAUAAAAUCAUGCUCAUAUUUUUUAAAUAAAUAAAACACUUUAUACUACUACUGGGUCUUCACUAAAAAGUAUGUGACACUAGUGAAAGUUUAAAACAUAGUUUGUAAAUAAAAGGAUACAUUUUUAAAUAACAAGAAAAAAUGUAGAAGUUAGCGAUAAAUCAGACAAAAGAUUUGCAAGUACCGCUAUAUAGUACAUUAUAAAAUUUUAGGAAAAGGCUGUAAGAUCUGCACAAAUAGAGAACUAUAACCAUGUUCAUGGAUAGGAAUAUUCAGGACCAUAAAAUGCUCCUUUUUCUUUCCCAAGUUGAUCCCUUUGGUUAAAUGUGUAUCGGAGCAAAAUCCCAAGAGUUCUUCAUGUUAACCCGCGAAGCUGAUUCUAAAAUUUAUAUGGAAGAUACUAAGCUGAAAAUAACCAUGACAGGUUCUACUUACAAAAGUAGAACAGGAUGAGGGGCUUGCCCUAUUAGAUAUCAAAAGUAAGACACACGAACUACAGAGAGAACGUGUUAAUAAUAAAUCCUAUUUUAUUAAGAACUUCUACUUAAGACACAAAUUGGGACACAGCAUAUAACAUGUACUGUUAAACAAUUAGUAAUACCAGGACAUAAAAUGAAUACUGAUGAAUCAACACAGAUGAUCUAGUGGAAAACGUGGCAAAAGACAGAAAUAAGCAUUGCACGAAAGGAGAAACAUAAAUGGUCCUUAAACAUUAACAGUUAGUGACAUGGCUGUGCCAUUUAAAAAAAAGUACUAUGUAUCGCUUGGUAAGUAGUCACUACACUACACUGAGACCCCCAAGUGCCACCCUGGCUACAUGAAGUCCUUAGAUUCCAUAUCUUCUCAUACCAGGAGUUAAAGAAUACCUGGACUAGCAGGGGUCCUGUACUAGCUAUGCCUAGUGGUUAAAUUGUUUGAGUCACUCCUGUAUUCAACCUCAUUAGUAAUUAGGAAAAUGCCAGUUAUCGCCAGAAUUAGAUUCCAUUUUGAAACCAUCAGAUUGGUAAGGCUGACAAUACCAAGUGCCGGUAAGCAUGGUAGAGCAAUAGGAAAUCUUAUAAACCACUUUGGAAAGCAAUUUGGCAUAAUCUUGUAAACUUGAAGAUGGGUAUACUCCCUGAUCCCAAGUUCCACUCUUAGAGAAACCAAGAACUAUGGAUCUGAAGAAUGUUUGUGAACCAUUGAUAAAAGUCAAGAACUAGAAGCAAUUCAAAUGUCUUUCCACAAGAGAGUAAAUAAAUAAAAUGGUAUAUUCAGAUACCAAAAUACAGUAGCGGAAAUCAGCUAAUUAUAUAUAUAGAUAUAUAGAUGAAUUCUAGAAACAGUGUUAAGUGGGAGAAAAAGUCAUAGAAAAAUAAGAGUUGAAUGCCACUGUAAUAGGGGCUCUGAGUGUGUGUACAUAUGUGGUAAAUCUGUAGAGAAAAACGAUUUCAAAGUUUUCAGGAUGGACGGUACUUCUGAGAAGGAAUAGGAUCAAGGAAGAAGCACAUGGUGGGGUUGGGGGGCUUGAACUGUCCUCAUAAUGCUCUAUGUCUUAGAUUUGGUGUCAGAUUUCCAAGUUUAUUAUGUUUCAUUACUUUCUGUAUGAAAUAUUUCCUGAUAAAAACAUUUUCUAAUGUAUGGCCAAAACCACAUUAAUACAAAGUUACUAGU